AUGUUCGUGCCCGUUACCAUCACCGUGUCCGUCCCCCGAACAUCUCCCUCCGACACCUUGGACUCCUCUCGAUUUGAGGAGGCACUCUGCGGUCUCGACCAGCCGCGGAUAUGUCGCGUCAGAGCACUGCUCUUCUGCGUAUGGGCACUGCUGGCACUGGCCCUGACACUUGGCUUCUGUCUCUCCAACAAUGACACCAACAAUGAUGAAGUUUUCAUUCACAUACCAGACCUGACAAAAGACAAGCUCAACCACAGACCUCGGAAGCGCACGGUGGCGUUGGUGCGGCGGCUGGUGUCCCAGGUGGAUGCUCAGAGGCUGUGGCACGCCAUCCUGAAGCCCAUCCUCGUCGAGAGGCUACCCGGCAGCAAGGGGAACCGUGCCGUGCGGAAGCACAUAUCCACUCGACUGUACACGCUGUCUGCGGGCUGGACGGUGGAGCUGGACUCGUUCAACCAGGUCACCCCGCGAGGCCCCAUCAACUUCUCCAACAUCCUGGCGGUGCUGGACCCCCAUGCCCCGCGCCGCUUGCUGCUGGCCUGCCACUACGACUCCAAGGCCCUGCGGGUGGCGCCCAGCGCCCCGGGAAAGGUGUUCGUGGGGGCCAGUGACUCUGCCGUGCCGUGCGCCAUGAUCCUGGAGCUGGUCACUGCGCUGGAUGAACACCUGCGAGUGCUGAAACAGCAGAGGAUUUCUCAGGUGACGCUCCAGCUGGUCUUCUUCGACGGGAAGGAGGCCAUCGAGGAGUGGAACGCGUCGGACUCGCUGUACGGCUCCCGGCACCUGGCCCACAAGAUGGCCGCAACACCUCACCCACUGGGGGCCAUGGUGGAGACCACUUUGAUCGAUGCAGUGGAUCUUUUCCUGUUGCUUCACCUGAUCGGAGCCCCUGCACCGAUGUUUGUCAAUCACUUUGACAACACGGCACGCUGGUUUGAUCGCCUUAUCUCAGCAGAGGAGAGACUUCAUUCGCUGGGCCUGCUCUCUUCCCACGCCAAAGAUCAAAACUACUUCCGCAAGGACGUCAGCAUGGGCCCAGUAGAAGAUGACCACAUGCCUUUCCUUGAGAAAGGGGUUCCUGUGCUGCACAUGAUUGCCACGCCCUUCCCCCCCUUCAUGCACACGUUCGAGGACACAGCCAGCAAUGUGCACAUCCAGACCGUGGAGAAUCUCAUCAAGAUCCUGGUCGUCUUCCUGUCGGAAUAUCUGGCCAUUUAGAUGAAACGAGACGAGAUGAGAUGAGAUCACUGAGCCUCUGCUUUUUCUUAAGCACUUUAUUUAUGUUUGUUUGUUCAAAUUAUUAAAAAAAAAGAAAGCAGAAUAAGGGGAGGUGGAGGGAGGAGAGUGAGUGGAAACAUUCAGCCAACUAACUAACCAACCAG